CCUCCGGCACUUUAAUCCAGGCCUGUUUGUUUAUUCAUUUCUAUGUUAUAUAUUUUUUAUUUUAUUUUUAUUUGCUGUUUUUAUUCUCGUAGCUCAAGCACAGUUAUUGAUACAUUUAUGACAAGCUGGUCGUUUUGAAGAUUUCAACACGAGUGAAGUUUGGCAUGACAACAUGAAUUCACCUUACACAGCUGUGCAGUAUUACCCAGAGUUUCCCUUUCAUCGUCUCAGGGACCCCUCAUCUCGUUUGUCCUGGAGAGAGAGCUCAUUCCUCACCACCAUGUCCCAGAACCAGUCAGCACAGACAAAUGACUUCUUCAGCCAAGAUGUAUUUAACCAACUAUUUGAUAUGUUGGACCAAUCUGCUCUUCACUCAGUGCAGCCCAUUGAGCUGAAUUUCACUGAGGGGCCAACAGAUGGGUCUGCAGGAAACACCAUUCAGAUCAGCAUGGACUGCAUAACCAUGCAUGAGCCAGACGAGGUGCAUUCUUCACAGUAUACCAAUCUGGGGCUCCUGAACAGCAUGGAUCAGAACAUUCAGAAUGGCGGCUCAACCUCCACCAGCCCCUACAACAACGACCAUGCACAGAACAACGUGACUGCUCCGUCACCUUACGCCCAGCCCAGCUCCACCUUUGACGCCCUUUCCCCCUCACCGGCCAUCCCAUCUAACACAGACUACGCCGGGCCCCACACCUUUGAUGUGUCCUUCCAGCAGUCUAGUACAGCAAAGUCUGCCACCUGGACGUACUCAACAGAUCUGAAGAAGUUGUACUGCCAAAUUGCCAAGACCUGCCCCAUUCAGAUCAAAGUUCUGACCACCCCACCACAGGGCGCCGUCAUCAGGGCCAUGCCUGUUUACAAGAAAGCCGAACACGUGACUGAAGUGGUGAAACGUUGCCCGAACCACGAGCUCAGCCGCGAGUUCAAUGACGGCCAGAUAGCUCCUCCGAGCCAUCUGAUCCGUGUGGAGGGAAACAGCCACGCCCAGUACGUGGAGGACUCCAUCACUGGAAGACAGAGUGUGUUAGUUCCUUACGAGCCUCCUCAGGUGGGGACAGAAUUUACCACGAUUUUGUACAACUUCAUGUGCAACUCAAGCUGCGUGGGUGGAAUGAACAGACGUCCAAUCCUCAUCAUCGUCACUCUGGAAACCAGAGAUGGUCAGGUAUUAGGACGCCGCUGCUUCGAGGCCAGGAUCUGCGCCUGCCCGGGCCGAGACCGGAAGGCGGACGAGGAUAGCAUCCGCAAGCAGCACGUAACAGACGCUACAAAGAGCAGUGAUGGUACGAAACGCCCCUACCGCCAUGUUUCCCAGGGCAUACAGAUGUCCACCAUCAAGAAGAGAAGAUCUACAGAUGAGGAAGUUUUUUGUUUGCCUAUCAAAGGCCGUGAAAUUUAUGAGAUUUUGGUAAAAAUCAAAGAGUCUCUGGAACUCAUGCAGUUUCUGCCACAGCACACAAUAGAGUCAUACAGACAGCAGCAGCAGAACCUGCUACAAAAACAAACCUCGAUGCAGUCUCAGCCCUCCUUCGGCUCAAGCUCCCCGACUCACGGAAAAGUCAACAAGCUGCCCUCCGUCAGCCAGCUCAUCAACCCCCAGCAGCGCAACACACUCACCCCAUCCAGCAUGUCUGGAGGCCUCACUGACAUGACUCCUAUGAUGGGAACUCACAUCCCCAUGAACGCUGACAUGAGCUCACUGAGCCCCACACAUGCACUGCAGCCUCAGCUUCCCCUGGUGCCCUCCUCCCACUGCACCCCCCCUCCUCCCUACCCCAUGGACAGCAGCAUCUCCAGCUUCCUCAUUCGGCUGGGCUGCGCAGGCUGCUUGGACUACUUCACAGCGCAGGGCCUAAACAACAUCUACCAGAUUGAGAACUAUAACUUGGAGGACCUGUCCAGGCUGAAGAUCCCUGCCGAGUUCCAGCACAUCAUCUGGAAGGGCAUCAUGGAGCACCGACAGGCCAUGGAUUUUUCCCCACCUCCCCACAUAGUGCGCACCACCAGUGGAGCUUCCACCGUCAGUGUGGGCUCCUCUGAGGCCCGAGGCGAGCGCGUCAUCGACGCCGUGCGCUUCACCCUGCGUCAGACCAUCUCCUUUCCACCACGUGACGAGUGGUCCGACUUCUCCUUUGACCUGGAUUCUCGCCGCAACAAACAGCAGCGCAUCAAGGAGGAGGGAGAGUAAGACGAGCUCCGCCUUGUUCUCAAUAUUCCCGUUUCUCAUUCAACGACUGCUGAUGGAACAUUUCAUUUGAACAAACCUCGUAUUAGUGCAAACACCGCUGAGAACAAAACACAUUCACACAAAAAAUGCACUUAUUUUCAUGUUUGUUCUGCUUCUCGCUGAGGAGAGAUUCAUGGUGUUGAGCAAAGGUGCAUUUUUAUUAUGUUGUAAUUUCUUGAGAGCACUUAAGAAAUGCUGAGGAUUUCAAGUUCGCUUUGAGGUUCUGUUAAGUGUUCAUGAUUCAUUCCCAUGUUAAAGCAUGACUGGAAACAUUAGAGGGAUUAUUAGGGCUUAUAUUUCUGCUAUGGGCCAUUGCAAGAGUGUAUUUUAGUUGGUACUACUUAUAAGAUUUCACUUUUAUGGUCGACUACACUGGUUUUCAGAAGUCAGCAUCGAUUGUAUACAUUUCAAACAUUUCCUCUCAGAAGUAUUAUGUCAAGCGAUAAGCAAUCUGUUCUCUACUGUAGCUUCUAUAUUUUGCCCUUUUUUUUUAAUGUGUGUUGUGAGACCAAUGCAUCAAUCCCUUCAUGUUUAUUGAGACUGGUUGUGAAGAAUGUGUGUUGUUAAAGUGACAGACGGUCAUUCAUUUGAUGUAGCCAUAUAUAGGCCUAAUGCUCUUGACCCAGUGUUUCUACAGUUAAGUGAUACUAUGACUGAUGUUGUUUUGUUUAUUCCUGUCUACUGCUGUGUGUGAGAAAAGGUUUUAGCUCUGCGGAGCACAAGUGUUUUUUUUUUUUAAAUUCAUGAACUGUGUUUUGGUAGAGGUUUAUUUCAUUUGAUAACUGUCCAAAACCUGAUUUAAAUGUAUAUAAAUUUGUAUAGUUUGUUUUGGAAAGUCAUCCUAAAGGAACUGCAUGAUUUCCAUCAUGAACCAAAUGUACUGAUGUGAACACUGUCUGGUGCAUUUACAACUGGAAAAUAUAUUACUGCCACACCAGAAAAAGAAAAACGUCCUGUUAUAAUGUGAGAAGUUUGUAAUAAGAUAUAUUCAUGUUACUACAAUAAACUUUUGCAUUAUAAUAAGAUAUUGAUACAUUUUUCUCUUUCUGGCAGUAAGAAACCUCCGACUUUACCAGUAAGAACAAUGUUUGUAAUAUUUCACAGGAAUCACAGCCCAGCGUUGUCAGAGAGCAGAAACCAACUGCAGUUUCAUAUUUUUGUACAAUGUAUUGUAAAUAUGUUGCAAUAUACCAAGGGUAUUUUGUCAUAAAGCUGAAAUAAAUAUCCACAUUUGCUGUAUUGCAUGUUAA